GAAAGCCGACGAAAGGUUCAGCGACGAACGACGCAGCUUGCAAAAUUAGUGAACACGGAAGCAAGGAGGAAUUGGUUCCAGCUGCUGCCGAGGACAAGCUAAAGCUUUACGGGCUCUUCAAGCAGGCGAAGGAAGGCGACAACACCGCCUCCGCCCCCUGGUCAGUCCAGUGGGAGACGACGGCGAAGUGGGAUGCUUGGGAGAAGAACAAGGGAAAGUCCAAGGAAGCAGCGAUGACCGAAUACAUCGCCGAGGUGGAGGUGCAGAAGCUUGGCCGAACAAAGGCCCACGCAAAGGCACGGGGGCGGCUUCGUCCCAAGCCGCUACUUUCAGCCAAGGAAGGAGAAGUUUGGCAUCCUUCCUCCCUGAGUGGGAGGCUCAGGGACUGGAGUUCUUUUGGCGACACAAGCUCGAAAUGUCGAAUGGUCGAGAGAGCACACACUGCUGACCUCGUAUAG